AUGUCGCGCGUAUCUCCUGCAGCCCUCUCCGCAGCCGCCGCGGCUCGUGCAGAGAUCGGGGCCGGCGGCUUCUUGCGCGGAGAGGCCCAGCCCGUGCAGAAGGAGGCGCGGGGCCCGCCUGCGAUGGCGAUGGAGCAGCAGGCGCAGCAGGCGCAGCAGCAGCUCCAGCAGCAGGACCUCGCCGUUGAUAGCACGCAUGACCCCGACGUCGACCAGAUCCUGAUCUGGUCCCAGUUCGUCGUGGCGUACCACCUGCAGCAGGACCCGCCGAACCCCGGGUGGCGGAAGGCCAACAUCGAGGGCCCCGUGUUCCUCGUGCGGCGCCGCUCCGCGCCGAGGUACCAGCUGCUCGUGAAGAACCAGAUGAACAACAACGACCUCGUCGACAUCAUCCACCCGGACUGGGAGCUCGACUGCCAGACGAGCUACGUUUUUUACAAGGUCGAAGAUGCGGCGAAGAAGAUCCGAGGGCUGUGGUUUCACCAGGACUCCGAGCGCCAGAAGUUCGAGCGGGCCCUCGAACAGGUGCUGGCGGAGCUCAGGGCCAAGCCCGAGGCGCAGGCGCCGCAGGGGCGCAGCGCUCCGCUCGAGGCGCCCCCGGCCGGGGGCCAGGGCGACCACCAGCUCCAGGGCGGCUCCGACGAGCGCGUCUUCGUUUCGCCCGCGGUCCUCUGGCAAAGCUGGCGACGGAGGGCCAGAAAUCGGCACAGGCGUGAUGAAUUGUCCGAGGCCCGCGCGGAGAUGCUGGGCACGACUUAA